UAUCUUCAGUUAAUAUCUUAUUUUUUUCUUUAAUCCGUGAGGUGUGGGUAGUGUAUUUGAUAUAAGCUAAGUUCAGGAAACUCCUACAUAGGCUAAAAAAUUGUUGAAUGCAACUAUUUUAGAACCCCUUUUGUGAUAUUCAGCAAACAAUUAAAUUGGGUCCUUUAUCGAAGUGGGUUUGAAAUAAUUUUAAGCCUUUUGGUUGGGUCUUUGCUUUGCUUGGUUCUACAAUAUCACUUUUCUUCCCUAUUGUGGUUGCCAAAAGGAAAAGCUGAGAUUUUCCUUUUUCCUUUUAUUUUCUCUGCAAUUUCACUCUUGUUGGGUGCAUUUUAUAGUGAUGAUUUUAUAUAGUAUCGUGAAAUUGUUUUUUCUGGACCUAAUGUUGGAUCUAAACUUGUUUCUUGUUGUAAUUUUGUGUAUAACUUUAAUUGACCAUAUCUUGAGUGACUAAAAAUUACCAUGGAAGUGGCUAUAAAGUAUAGAAAGUUUAUCUUUUUCUCAACAUGGUGUUUUUGAAUGCCUGAAAAGAUAUAGUUAAAAAUCCAGAUUAUUGCUGCUCUGCUUCGUAAAUGUAGUUACAGAGGAAAAUUUUGUUGGUUUCAGUUAGUAGAAUAAUGUAUUUUUGGAAGAAUAUUCAUGUGAUUAAAUUCAAAGGAGAAGGCAUUAAGUCAAAUAGUAAAUGAAGAAAUCUCUUUAGGUUCAUAUAGCGUAUUUUAUUGCUAUUCUAGAUCCUAAAAUUUGAAAUAAGUCAUCUGCCAGAUGUAAAUAAGCCUAUAUAUUGUCAUAUAAUUGCUUGACCUGUUGGUUUCUUGUUGAUGAUGUGAAAAGAAUUCAAUGGUCUUGGCUAACAGGAAAAAGAAAGUUUUUUUCUUUAAAGGUUUUGAUUGUUCUCCCAGAAUCCUAAGUGUUCUUCUACGACACUUUGUCACUUCGUAGACGAUUGGUUCGACAUCGCAGAGCCCAGUUUUUUCUUUAAGGGUUUUGAUUGCUCUCCUAGAAUCCCAAGUGUUCUUCUACAACACUUUGGUCACUUCGUAGAUGACUGGUUCGACAUCGCAGAGCCCGUGAAUCACUAGUGUGAGGAUUAAAUGGAUAAUGGAGAUAAAAGUUGGAUGAAUCACCUAAGAUGGACAGAAGAGUAUGCUGCUGGAGUGAAUUAUUUUCUUGACAAGGCAUUUGAACGAGCUUCUCAAGGAAAUGAGAUAUUAUGUCCCUGCAAGAAGUGCAUGAAUCGCUAUUGGCAUUACCGAAAUGUGGUGGAGGGUCACUUGGUUGUUCAUGGGUUUGUUGAUAAUUACACCAAAUGGGUUUUUCAUGGAGAACCGGUUUCAUCGAGAAAUACACUGCAUCCAAUAAAUGACGAUGAAGGUUCUAACUUGCGUGAUGAUAUUGAUGGACUACUUCAUGAUACAUUUAGAAAUGUAGAGGGUGAGUCAGUGCAUGAAGAAGGAGUGCGACAGGGUUUAUCUGAAGACGCAAAGAAAUUUUUUAAAUUAUUGGAGGAAGGGAAACAAGAGUUAUAUCCGGGUUGUGAAAAUUUCAAUAAAUUGAAUUUCACCAUUCGGUUGUACUUAUUUAAAUCAUUACAUGGUUUGAGUAAUGUAUCAUUCUCAGACUUGUUAGAUUUGAUAAGAGAGGCAUUUCCCUUUGCUCAGAUACCAGAGUCUUUCAAUAAGGCCAGACAAGUGAUUAAAGAUUUGGGUCUUCAUUACGAAAAAAUACAUGCAUGCCCUAAUGACUGCAUGUUAUUUUGGAAGGACAAUGAGAAAGUAGAUAACUGCUCUGUCUGUGGAACUUCUAGAUGGAAGAGUGUUGGUGAUGCCUCGACUAAUUCACGCUCUAAAAUUCCUGCGAAGGUUUUAAGGUACUUCCCCUUAAAGCCUAGGCUUCAAAGGAUAUUCAUGUGUUCUGAAAUAGCUGUUGCAAUGAGAUGGCACGCUAAUGAACGACCCAAUGAUGGAAAUUUAAGGCAUCCUGCUGACGGGGAAGCAUGGAAGGAUUUUGAUCGUUUGUACCCAGACUUCUCUCGAGAUCCUCGUAAUGUUAGAUUGGGUCUCUCAAGUGAUGGUUUCAACCCAUUUAGAACCAUGAGUAUUUCUCAUAGCUCGUGGCCUGUUAUGUUGAUGAACUAUAAUUUAUCACCAUGGAUUUGCAUGAAGCCGGAGUAUAUCAUGUUGUCAAUGAUCAUUCCAGGUCCAUCAUCUCCAGGAAAUGAUAUAGAUGUGUAUCUACAACCACUAAUUGCAGAAUUGAAGGAACUAUGGGAACCUGGGAGAGAAACAUAUGAUGCUGAAACCGACCAAACAUUCCGAAUGCGUGCAGCCUUAUUGUGGACAGUUAGUGAUUUUCCAGCAUUAGCAAUGCUUUCAGGAUGGAGCACCAAGGGAAAAUUGGCAUGCCCUACUUGUAAUUAUGACACAUGCUCUCAAUAUCUCGAACAUAGUCGUAAGAUGUGUUACUUGGGUCAUCGUAGAGUUUUGCCUUCUGAUCAUAAAUUGCGAAAAGAUAAGAAGUCAUUUGAUGGUAAGGAGGAGCAUAGACCUGCACCUACUCCUUUGUCGGGUAUAGAAGUGCUUGAAGAGCUGCAUGAAUUCAACAAUGUGUUUGGAAAGGGCAAAAAAAAAAGGCCUCGAGAUAAUAAGGGUCCGUGGAAAAAAAGAUCUAUUUUCUUUGAAUUGCCAUAUUGGGCACAUAACAAAUUGAGGCACAAUCUUGAUGUGAUGCACAUAGAAAAGAAUAUAUGUGACAGUUUGCUUGGGACUUUACUGGAGAUAGAUGGAAAGUCAAAGGAUCAUGUAAAUUCUCGCAAUGACUUACAGGAAAUGGGGAUACGAAAGGAGCUACAACCAAUAGAGGAUAAUGAUGGAAAUGUAAGUUUGGCUCAAUCUUGUUUCUCCAUGAAGCCCGAAUAGAAAAGG